UAUAGGGUCUUAAUAUGAAGUGUUAAGACUGCACACAAUUUGUUUGGUGUAUAUUUAUGUUAUAUUACUGGGAAGGAGAUGAUAUAAAAUCAUAAAUGUGCAGCUGCCAGUCUCUGAAGUGCCUAUAUUAAAGUGUAAAGCAUGGAAUUAAUGCUAUCAGCCUUGGAGUGCACAGAUUGGCAAGGUAAAACCUUCUUAGAUGGCACAGCAUUUUAUCCGAAACAAGAGGACCCGUGCUAUCAGUGUCACUGUGACAAGGGCUAUACUACGAUGUGUAAAACCGUGUCAUGUGCCCCGCCUAAAUGUGCCGUAGAUAUGAAGGCGAUUGAGGGGGAAUGCUGUCAGUUUCAGUGUCUGGAUAAGAACGGUGUCGCAACUAAACCGGAGAAUAAUACCGGACCAAUAAAUAACGGCGACGUCUCAGGUGCGCCAGCAGACAACACAGUUACAGACCUAGGUUUGAGACUUGUGGCAAGCACUGUGACCACCUUCCUAAUCCUGGCUCUUCUGUUGUUUCUUAUACAUCGGUUCAGACAGAGGCGGCUUCUUAUUACUCUUAGAAGGUACAGUCGUAGACGAGAACAACUAGAUGAUCUAGAUAGUAUAAGUUACUCCCCUGACUUCUACGGUAUCCAGUGCCCACCGUAUGAGGACCCUCCCCCUCCGUACACCCCUCCUAAACCUCAACCAGGGGAAGAACCGCCUCCGUACGAGGCAGUAGAGGGAGGCAAUGCUGAAGAACAAGGAAAUAGGGAGCGGCAAAUUAUCAACACAUCUGCUCAUUGCGAUCAGAAUUUUAAUAACGUGGGUAAUGGAAAUAUUCCCAACAGGGACACGUUUGAUCAAAUACUUCCGUCUUAUUUCGGGAAUAAUUCAGGUCAAAACUUCAAUGGUAGAGGAAUCAGAAAUAAUAAUGAGGUAGCCAAUGUAAAUGAUAAUGCUGGAAUUAAUGGAAGUGUAAGGAUACUGAAUGAAGGGAGUCAUUUGUCGAGAAAUAAUGAUUGUUUAGUAGAAAAUAGUUCCCUUCAGCAGAAUUCAAGAAAUACACAAGCAGUAGAUUCCUGUUUUAUAGAAAAUAGUUCCCUUCAGCAGAAUUCAAGAAAUUCGCAGGCAUUGGAUUCCAUAAAUGUAGUGAAUCGGAAUUUAAGUGUUCAUUUUAAAAAUAAUCCUUCAGGACAGCCGAGUAUAACCAUGGGUGUUCAAAAUAGAAAUCGGACUAACAGAAACAGGUAUUCUGAUGGAAAUUUUAAUCCAAGUCGGAAUUUUUCAAAUAGGAACAUGCCUUUAGCUUUUAAUGAAAAUACUGCCGCUUUGAAUUUAGAAUUGCAAAAUACUGUUCGGAAUUUUAGGAAUAGGAAUAAUCAAUCAAGUUUUACGAAUAGGCACAGUGCUCCAAAUGGAGGUGAUUUAUCAUCAAGCACCACGGAUAUCGGCGAGUCCACAACGUCUGCCGAAUCAUUAUCAAGUAGUCCCGAAUCUCCUCAUUUUGAUACGGAUCAUAGAAAUCUCGAAAGGUUAACGGGCGAUAUAUUACCAGAUGAUGCCAACUCUACUGUCAAAAGGUUUUUGGACCGUCAGUUUGGUCAGUCGAAAAGCCGACGCUAUCCUACAACUAUGUCACAGUCGUGGACGAGCGCUCAAGUAUCGCCACCUGGGCCAAAGUUUCCGACAGAGCAUUUCAUUAGGAUCUUUCCCUCCAAAAACCGAAUCUCAGACCGUUAAGAAGAGUUCCAGCAUGACGUCUGCUGCAAAUGUAGUUGGCGGGCAAAAUUUAUCACGAUCAAAAUCAGAACAUUUAAAAACAAAUGGAAGUUUAAUCAAUCAGCCGUAUAAAGGUUUGACAAAAAGUCCACCUAGAAAUG